AGUUUGUAGGGUGAUGGGGAUCUGUGCGGUGUUUGACGAUGUCUGUAGGGACAAAGUUCCAGAAAUGGAGUUACCGGCUCAGAUGAGAAACACAAGUCACCGAUGAAUUAACAAGCAACACAUUGUCACAUCCAGCUGUUUAAGAGUGGUUAACUCAGCUUCAGCUCUGAAGACUCUUUGCACUCUGCCCCACCCCCAAUUGCUUUCCAAAGAGAAACAAAAAAUGAUUGAGUCCCAGGAACCAGUGACAUUUGAGGAUGUGGCUGUGGACUUCACCCAGGAAGAGUGGCAGCAGUUGAAUCCUGCUCAGAAGACGCUGCAUAGGGAUGUGAUGCUGGAGACCUAUAGUCAUCUGGACUCUGUGGGGUGUUCAGGUAUAAAACCAGAUGUAAUCUUUAAGGUGGAACACAGAAAGGACCCAUGGAUCAAAGACAGUGAGUUGUCAAGGUGGAUCUACCCAGACAGACAGAAAGGCCUUAAAUCUUCCCAGCAGAUCAUUUCUGGAGAACUUUUAUUUCAAAUGGAAAUACUAGAAAGAGCCCCAGAGGAUAAUUUACUGUACUCUGUUUUAAAAAUCUAGCAUAUUGAUAAUCAAAUAGAUAGACAUCAAGGAAACCAAGACAGAGUUUUGAGGCCAGUCACAGUCAUCAGCCAUGAAACACUGACUGAGGAGACAGAUUCCAAAUAUAGUGCAUUUGGGAAAAUGUUCAAUAGGUGCACAGACCUUGCUCCUUCAAGUAAAAAAUUUGGUAAGUUUGAUUCAUGUGAAAAUAGCCUGAAGUCCAGUUCAGAUUUACUAAAUUUUAACAGGAGCUAUGCAAGAAAGGACCCUAUUGAGAGAUUUGGAUGUGGGAGACCACCUAGCUAUAAUGCUUCCUCUUCUGUACCUGAGAAGGAAGGCUUCAUUCAUAGAAUGGAGCCCUGUGGAGAUAGUCAAUGUGAAGAAGUUCUCAGUCAUAAGCAAGUUCAAGCCAGAGAGAAACCCAAUGUUUGUAGUAUGUAUGGGAAAGGCUUUAUCAAGAAGUCACAGUUCAUUAUACAUCAAAGAAUUCACACUGGAGAGAAACCAUAUGUAUGUGGAGAUUGUAGGAAAGCUUUCAGUGAGAAAUCAAACCUCAUUGUACAUCAGAGGAUUCAUACUGGGGAGAAAUCCUAUGAAAGUACUGAGUAUGGAAGGGCAUUCUCCCAGAAGUCACCUUUCAUUGUUCAUCAGAGAGUCCACACUGGAGAGAAACCCUCUGAAUGUUUUGAGUGUCGAAAAGCUUUCUCCCAGAAGUCGCAUCUAUUUAUUAUUAUUAUUUUCAUUUCUUUUUAGUCACAUCUAAUUACACAUAAGAGAGUUCAUAUGAGAGAGAAGCCCUUUGAAUGCAGUGAAUGCAGGAAAGCCUUCUGUGAGACAUCUCACCUUUUUAUACACCGGAUAACUCAUACUAGGGAGAAACCCUGUGAAUGUACCGAAUGUGGGAAGACCUCCCCUCGGCAAACACAGUUUAUUAUACAUCAGAGAACGCAUACUGGAGAGAAGCCCUAUAAGUGUAGUGUAUGUGGGAAAACUUUCUGCCAACAGUCCCACCUCAUAGGACAUCAAAGAAUUCAUACAGGAGAAAACCCUUAUGUGUAUACUGACUGUGGGAAGGCCUUUUCUCAGAUCUCACACCUCACUGGCCAUCAAAGGCUUCAUACUGGAGGGAAACCUUAUAUGUGUACUGAAUGUGGAAAAUCCUUCUCUCAGAAAUUACCUCUUAUCAUACACCAGAGAAUUCAUACAGGGGAGAAACCUUAUGAGUGUGGUGAAUAUGGCAAAAUCUUCUCCCAGAAAUCACCCCUCAUUAUUCAUCAGAGAGUUCACACAAGGGAGAAGCCCUAUGAGUGUACUGAGUGUGGGAGGGCCUUUUCCCUGAAGUUACAUCUCAUUCUACAUCAGAGAGCUCAUACUGGAGAGAAACCCUAUGAGUGUAGUGAACGUGGAAAAGCCUUCUGUGAGAAGUCUCCACUCAUUAUACAUCAGAAAACUCAUCUUAGGGAGAAAUCCCCUGAAUGUGCUGAGUUUGGAAUGACUUUUUUCCGGAAAUCACAGAUGAUUACACAUCAGAGAAGACACACUGGGGAGAAGCCCUCCAGAUGCAGUGACUGUGGGAAGGCCUUCUGCCAACAUGUAUGCUUCACUGGGCAUCAGAAUCCAUAUAGGAAACAUGCCUUGUAUAUAUGCUGAUUGUGGGAAGGCCUUUUCCCAGAAGUCAGUCCUCAUUGUGCAUGGGAAAACUCACAUUAAGGAGAAAUGGUGGCAACUUCUCAACUGUAGAAUAGACUCAUAUGUUCCUCAGUACAUACGAUCUUCCUUCCACAGAAUGAUCUGGUUAAGCCCUCGGAAUGCUUUCAACACCAUAAAUAUGGAAUCGACUUGCUCACCCUCAAACUAUCUCAGCCCCUUUCACAGAAUAAAUAUAUCUGGAAGAAUUAGCACUACGUUGGUGUUGUCUGGUCCUUAAAUGCUUUAUAGAA